UGUGGUCCAGCAGAUUAUAUCUGGAGUUUGGAAUUACACUCUGACAAUGAAGGUCUACAGUGACGCCGGCCGCACCAAAGUCAUUGAGCCGAGCACCUAUGUCCAGCUGCAGCAGAUUGUCUGGGUAGAGCUGAAGACGGACGGGCUGGAUGGGAAACUCAUGGCUGUCGUGACCGACUCCUGCUGGGCUACCAACGAAAAGUCACCCAAUGCCAGUCUGAGAUACAACCUGAUUGUUAAUGGCUGUUCCAAUCCCGCUGACCAGACAGUGAAGAUGAUGGACAACGGACUGGGAACAUCCAACUACUUUUCCUUCAACUUGUUUGAGUUCUCUGGGAAGAGCAGUGACYUCUACCUGCACUGUAAAGUGAAGCUGUGUGUGAAGAAGGGCAACACCUGCACCCAGAGCUGCGGAGAUAAGAGAAGACGCAGAUCUACCAGGGCUAGAUAUGAAGACGGUAACCCAGCCUUCAUCUCCAUGGCCUGGACUAAAUAGGUUGUUUCCAUGGCGACUCGGACUGACUGAAAGGCUGUCGACCUCCUGACUGACUCCAGACUCCUGAUCAAGAGCCUGGAUGUCUGAAUCCCUUCGGUUUUAGAUUCAACGUCUCCUGAAAAGAUCAGCUCAGUUUUGUUUGCUGUGACACCAUCCAUACUAACAAACAGUUGUGCAUGGACAGAUUCAGUCCGCUGUAGUUUGUGAGGUUGAUUGAGUCGAGCUAGGAGCAGCAAACGACCUGAUGAAACAACAGGUAACAUGAAGUGUCAGAACGUGUAGCUUCAUCAGAACAUUCAUAAUAAGCUGAGCUGAUCUUUGACGGAGCGUCUCUCAGCUCCAUGCGUUGCUGUAGCUUCCUCAGUCAUUUACACUUGACACGGAGCAGACGGCCAGCACCAUCACAACAGAGUUUGUGCGAAUGAGGCUCAGUGCUCAUGUUUGAUAACACACAUCAGUGCCCAGACUGGGGAAAAGCCACAGUACACCUCCAUCAUUCAGCCCCUCCAGGAUCUCACACACUCUUCUGACAUUAUUGAGGCUCAAUUUUUCUGCAGUAAAACAUUCUCAAAGAAACUGAGUGCUGACAGAUGAUGAAUGAACUCCUGGAGAGACUGACUUAAAACAUAUUUUAACACGGUGAGGGGAAAUGUAUUAUAACCAAUUUAUUUUCAUCUAUCUUACAUGUACACUCCUAGAACACAACCAUUAAUAUCACAAUAUUUGGAUAGAGGACUGUUAACAGUGUUAAAUGAACACUGGGUCAUCUGGGUGCUGAGCAGUGAGAAGUUCUGUCAGCAUCCUGGACUUUAACUAAGUGGAACCAAAGACAGGAUCAAUUGGUUCUCAGUCGCAGGCCUCAUAUGAUGUUCUAUCCCGUACAAUGAUGAGUGUGACUUUACCUCUACCAUACUCUUGUCACUUUUAUUGUGUUUUUGUUUGUUAAGCAUUAAAAAAAAAUCUUAAAUAAAGGGAAUUUGG